CUCUAGCAAGUAGCAAAUUUUAUAUUCUUCAAUUAAUUACCUCAAAGUUUAAGGUUGCCCUAAAACCACAAAUCUUGAAUCUCUGCAAAAGUAGAAAAAAUCAAUAGGCUUUUUACAUGAGUUUUUUAGGUGGAGAAAAACACACACAUUGGAAGGUGUAAAUUUCUCAUUACAAAAUAGUACCCAAAUUUUUGCCUUCUUCUCAAUAAUUAUUGCAUAAAUCCAAAAACAACGAGCAAUUCACCAACCAUAAUCACUAAUUCUUAUCUUUUUUUCUUUUUUCUUUUUCACACCCCCCAUGUGUUUGUUUAUUUGCCUAAACCAAUAUCUCCCUUGCAACAACCAUGGAAAGCUUUCACUAUUUUGAGAGUAAAAAAAGAAACUACAAUAUCAAGUGGAAUCAGACAGCAAAACCACAACUCUUGUCUCUAAAACCUCAAUUUUUCUUUCAACUAUCCUAAUCCCAAAAAAAAAAAAAAAAAGAAAAAAAAACAUAUGAUUAAUGUCCCACCAUUCAUAUUCUCGAAGCAAAACUUUCUCGUUCAGCAAUGUAUGGCCUAACAGUCGGUGCAAGUGAGUUUGCGUCAAUUGACCAAAGUUCGAAUCUCCUUGUCAGCGACCGCUAGGUCGAGCUUGUGUGAUUUACAAGCUAUUAUACCAGAUUGUUGGUUUACGCAGUGCACCUAUACGGUCAGCAGCUGGUUCUUUCGUUACCGGAAAAAAAAAAAAAAGCGAUACUUUCUUUUUCCCCCCUACUUCAAUUAUCAUCCACUAAAUACUAAAAAUCUUCUUUCUUUUUUUUGCCCCCUUUUUUCCUGGAUCUAUUGUGAUUCUCCUAAGUCAACUAUCUUUGUUAAAAAAAAACAAGUAUAAAUAAACUCAAAUCAACCCCUCAUUUUCAUGCAAAACAUAAAAGCCACUAUUUGUUUAGUGCAAUUCUCAUCUCUUUUAGGGCACAGUUCUUUAAUUUCUUGUGUGAGUGAUGGGGAGUGAAGAUGGUGCGUCUGCUCCUUCGACACCCGUGACUCCAGGAACCCCCGGUGCACCUCUCUUCGGAGGAUUCCGCCCCGAACGAGGCCGUAACGGAGGGUUAAAACCGUCUUUUCUCAGGAGCAGCUGCAAAUGCUUUGGUGUUCAUGAAUCUUGGGCUUUGGAGGAGGGGUCUCUGCCCCCUGUCAGUUGUGCAUUGCCUCCACCUCCAAUCUCCCUCGCUCGAAAGGUUGGGGCAGAGUUAAUAGGCACAAUUAUACUGAUAUUUGCCGGAACCGCAACCGCCAUUGUGAACGAAAAAACCGGCGGAUCGGAGACUCUGCUCGGCCUGGCGGGGUCGACCGGACUAGCGGUGAUGAUAGUCAUACUCUCCACCGGACAUAUCUCCGGGGCCCACCUCAAUCCAGCUGUCACAAUUGCAUUUGCUGCACUCAAGCAUUUCCCAUGGAAGCAUGUGCCGGUGUACAUCGGAGCACAAAUAGUGGCAUCGAUAUGUGCAUCGUUUAUGCUAAAUGCGAUAUUUCAUCCGACAAUGGGUGGCGGAGUGACGGUUCCUUCGGUUGGAUACGCGCAAACUUUUGCUCUGGAGUUCAUCAUUACAUUCAACCUCAUGUUUGUUGUCACUGCAGUUGCCACUGAUACAAGAGCUGUGGGGGAGCUAGCGGGGAUUGCGGUCGGAGCUACUGUCAUGCUCAACAUAUUGAUAGCCGGGCCAAGCACAGGUGCAUCAAUGAAUCCAGUAAGAACAUUGGGUCCAGCAAUUGCUGCAAACAAUUACAAAGCUAUAUGGAUUUACCUAACUGCCCCUAUACUUGGUGCCUUGACCGGAGCAGGUGUUUACUCUGCAGUUAAGUUACCCGACGAAGAAGACAAGGCACACGACAACAACAAACCCGUAACCGAACACAGCUUCAGACGAUCAUGAACAUAUAUAUAUAUACACACGUAUAUAUAUUUUAUAUUAUAUAUGUAUGUUGUAUUUUGGAGAGAACAAGGAUAGAAGAUACAUCCUGUAAUAAGAUAGAUAAAUAUGCAAAAUCCUAGUAUUCUUUUCCUUUUAAGUA